AUGAAAGAGUAUCAAUAUAUUACGCUUGCAGAACUGGAUGAAUUACCAUAUACAGCUGAUGAAAAUUUGAAGGUUAACACAUAUGCAUUUGUAGCCGAUUUAAUGAUACGUUCACGACCAACAGAUGUGUUAGAGGAUACCUGUGUUAUUACGCAUUUGGAAUUACGUGACGGUAGCUUGGAUGCUGGUACAACGUGUAUCAUUUAUAGUGACUCAUUGGAAAGUUUUUCGGAUCAAAUACAAAGUGGUCAAAUUAUUCGAAUGCAUCGUGCAAAAAUCAAAAAAAUGGCAGAUGGAAAAUUGUGCAUUUAUGGGAAGCUUAAGACAGCCGGUUUUGCUGUUCUUCUCUUCAGCGGUGAGCUUGGCGAUAGUUUUACGCCUGUAUAUCAGUCGUCAGCAAAAUUCACUCUAAUAUCAGAUUACAAAGAGAGGAUAAAUUCAUUACGCAUAUUAUUCGCGAGAGAUGAACCGAUGGCUUUAGAAGAUCCACUUAUAUCUUCAGAUGAUCCUAGGAUUUCAGAUGGUCAGCUUGUUGCUACAACAUCGGUACUACCGGUAAACCGAAAGGUACCACGUGCCAGCGAAGAGGGAGUAAAUCAAAUAAUUAGAAAUGCAAAUGUUCAUCGUUUGAAUGAAUUUGUUCUCGGUUGUUACAGUGAUAUUACCGUACAAGCAAUAGCGCUAUUCGUUGGUGAUCGAAACAAUGUGAUAUUGCGCUGUUGGGAUACCACUUCACCACCGAGGAAAAUAUUUAUGCUUAAUGCUGACUUCAUUCACGAAAUGAUAUGUCGGGAUGAAGAACUAGAAAUGAUAGCAGAAAACUAUUGGUGUGAUAUAGUGUUAUAUGAAGAGCAUGCUAAUUUUGCUCGAAAUAACGUAAAGUGUGGAGAUAUCCUGUUACUUACCAACACGCAUUUAUAUCACUCAAAGAAUGGUGUUACUCUAACAAUGCAUGGUGGUGGUCAGCGUUACAGCAGGUCAAUUAUCAUUCUUGAUGGUAACAGCGAAUUGAGAUCUGAUCUUUUGCGUAUUAUUGACCGAUUCAAUACUAGCAAGGAUUCACUUCGUUCAGAUAUGCAAACCGAUAUUGUAGACACAAGAAAUGUCGUUGAUGUACAACAGUACCCAUAUACAGAUCAAAUUACUCCCGCGCGAUCAUUUGACGACUUGGAGAAACAACAGAUAGAAUUAUGGAAAUGCUGGGCUGGUGAACGGAUGCGACAAAUGCACGCCGUACAACUUGCAUGGAUUCGUGCCUAUGCCUGGAAAAAAAACCAGCAGCCAAAUGGGCAGCUUCAGCGAUCAUUCAAUUUAGCAAGAAUGGCAGUGCAAUUUAUUGUCCGACAAAUCCUUGAACGUCUCUUUGCCUAUAAUAAAGAUUUAUUUGCGAGUCUAGCAAGGCUGUCACGUCGACAACGGAAUAUCUUAUUUAUGAAUUUUUUAUUGACGUAUAUGGAAGGAACAUAUGGUGAUGCAAUAACUUCGAAGAAAACACGUAGAUCAAUAUUUCUCAGUUAUCUAUUUUAUCCUAUUUGUGAAAUAUUUGAGGACGAUAAGCAAUCAGAUAGCGAGUGUAAAUUUGCAAAAGCUUCCAAAAUGAAAAAAGAUGAAAGCUUAAAAGAUGAUGCUGCAUGGAGUUUGCUACGCAAUUUGUUUCCUGGAACAGUUUUAAAAUCAUCAGGUUGGAAGGUUAGCUUUUCAUACAAUGCAAGGACGAAGAUAUUUUUUGCAUUAAUCUGCAAAAGAUGCAGUCUGUGGUGCACUACAUCAGCUAGGAACUUCGAUAUGACCCCACUGUGUCCCGUUUGCUUUAGACGCGAAAUUACUGACUCUCAUUUAUUUCUGCAAUGUUACUUCCUUUUCAACGGCAUACCACAUGAAGCGGAAGCUGGAAGUAAAAAGUAUUACUUUCUGUUCCCCAUUCAACUAUUAGCUUUUUUUCUUGUUGAUGUACCAAAAAAUGCGCAAGAAGCUGCUCAGAAUUACAAAAGGGGCAUUUCUGACAAGGAACGAAAGGCUCUGGCUGCAUCAAUCCAGGAACAAAUGUUGUCUAAAUAUUUAUUUACUUUGGACGAAGUUAUCGUUCGGAAAAUUAAAGGAGAUGUCGCAAUUUUUGAAAUUGGAAAGCUUACAUUUGCAGAUCGACAAAAUGGUUCAACUGAUUGUAAUUAG